AUGUGGUGGGGCGGGACACUGCCAAGGCCUGGGGUCCGCGUUUCUGCAAACGUGGAUGAUUUCAGCAACAAGGUCCGGGGGUGUGACGCUCGUUUGUCCCUGCGUCCCCUGAUCCCUCCCCUGGCCUCACUUCUUUGUGUUGCGCCUACUUCCCUCACCCCCAUCCCUCGCCCCUCUCAGGUGCUAGCGGAGCUGCAGGACCGGCUGCCAGCGUCCCCCUCAGAGGACGCCAUGGCCGUCAUCGAGAGGGAGCUGGGCCGCCCACUGCUGCGCACGAGCAGAAGCGCAGCAGCACAAGUGGCGGCAGGGAGGGUUUGUGGGGCAGCAGCCGCACUUCUUUGUGCUUUGCUAUUGCACAUACGCCCCCAUGUGGGCACAGGCGUGGAGUCAUCAUUGGAGCAGCUGCUGGUCACGGGAGUGCUGCACGCCGACCCACAUCCUGGAAAUUUUCUCCUCACGCCUCACGGCCAAGUCGCCUAUCUGGACUUCGGUCUCUUGUGUCGCAUGGAGCGGCGGCACCAGCAGGCCAUGCUGGCAGCGGUGGCGCAUCUGGUGAGCGGCGAGUGGAGCAUGCUGGCAGCCGACCUCGCUGGUAGCGCCAGUAGAGGCGGAGGCGCAGUGUGCAUGGCUGACGCAGCACAGCACGGCGUUCUCACCUUCCCCUCUCCGCUCUCGUCCCCCUCUGUCCUCUCCAUCGCCCUGCAGGAGCGGGAGAAGCGGACGCGCAAGAAGGCAGCAGCAGCAGGGGUGCCGUACGUGGAAGGGGCAGCAGAGGCGCCAGCAGAGGGCGAGACCCCUGAGGACACCACCACAGGCGACGAUGCCUCUGCUGCCGAGGAGACCAGCAGAAGAGCAGUUGAGUGA